UCCAUUGCCAAUGCCUUGGCCUGUCCUUCGCUCCAAGUAGCCUUGGUGAUUUUUCAUUUCUGCGGGUGAAGAUGAAGAAGAAGAGUGGUUGCGGGAGGGCUACUAAUGAUCCCCGCCACGACCAAUCCAAGAUCACAGGAGAAGCGAAUCAUCAAAGGAAGCAAGGACAGAGCAACGGCUCAUCAGGGCGCCAUGCCCCUACAAAGAAGAAGACAUGGAAGAAGUACCUCACGUUCCUGUCAAUGUUCAACAACAAGAUGAAGCACAAGAAGUCAGAAACCAAGGCAGCGACUGGCUUCAAGCAGAGGAGGAACCAGAAGCGCUCGUUCAGCCCAGUGCUCCAAGAAUGUAGCAAUCUCGUCCGCGUUAUCCGGCGGACGGCGGCAGAUUGCUUCGCCGCGGCGGCAGCGGUGUCUUCCGGCGCUGCUGAUGAAGACGACGAGCUGCCUUGCUACAUGCAGCUUGACCAGGUGAACUACGGCGUGAAGAGGGAGGCCUUCGGCCCGAUCUACCUCGUCACAUGACAUUGGCGGUUUCAGUGCUGAGUGCUUCCUCGUUCAGAUGCUAUGGCAAUCGUCUUGGCUGCCAACCAAAACGAAAGCAUGUCGAGCAAUCGAUUGUUCUUCUGAUUGAACCCAAAGUCAUUCCUUUGCCAAUUCUUGCUCGAGCUUGUUUUUCUCUUGCUCGAGCUACUGGUGUAUAUGUUGUUUUGCUCUUCCAUCCUGCUGGGAAACUAGGCUGGCCUUGCUCGUUUUGGCUACUUUCAUGUGACAAAUACUCUGCAAUUCACAUGCCCACCAUCUGUGCUGUACAGUACUGCUGUGCCCUUGCCAUUCAUUGCUCUGCUUCCUGAACUGAGCAGGGCAAAGAAACCAGAUAAACGACCCAUACUGUAGACGCCCGAUAUGUAAGAGAACUAGAGUGGUGUAAUCAAGUUACUGAUGCAAGA